AUGCAAGCCUCAACUCACAGUCCUUUGCUUACCCUGCCUUGGAAACUUCGAACUCGAUACAGAGAGAGAGAUCAUGUGCCAAGAGAAGAAGUCAGGGGGCUGCGCCAAGUGCACCGUUUCAGCCUCCUCUUCCGCGUCGCCAGCAUAGGCUUGGCGGCGGUGGCCGCGGCGGCCAUCGCCACGGCGAGCCAGUGCACCGUCUACGCCGACUACGGCGCGCGCCCGCGCACCGUCACGUACAGCGACUUCCAUGCCUUCGUGUACCUGGUCGGUGGCGGCGACCGCUAUUGCCACGCUGCUAGAGGCAGUAGCCCUGUUCCUCAGCUCGAAGAAGAAGGGCAGGAGAAAGACAGCCUGGAGGGUGCUCAUGCUGCUCCACGGCGCCGUCGUGCCCGCGCUGCUCUACACGUCCGCCGGCGCGCGUUUGCCGUCAGUUGGGACGUCUCCUACUACUUGGAGCCCAGUGGGAGGCGCUUCAGCGUCUGCCACAGCAGCGUCGGCGGCGGCCGCUUCUGCGAGCAGGUGCACGUGUCCAUGUGGCUCGCGCUCGGCGCCGCCUUGGCCGUGUCCAUUGCUGAGUUCCUGACCACAUUGCGAUGGUGCCAUGGCUGUGGGUUGGGUUCGGACUCUGGCUCUGACUCAGACUCGGACUCGGAUUCGGAGUCCGUCUGUCGGCAUGGGUGCCAUUGCAAGCAUUAG